AUGACUUCUGAUGACGGCAAUGAGGAGAUUGAAAUCCUUAUCGAAGACCCUGAUUUUGCAUACCGCAGACAUGUCCCUGAUGACCCUUUGGAAACCGCCCGCCGUGCCGCCUGCUUCGAGAUGCUGAAGAACGGAACCGGAGACGGCAGCAGCUUGGUAGAGAUGACGGCCCCGUGUCAGACACCAAAGGAAUGGCUUCAGAGUCUCACCACAGUUGACUUUUCAGACCCUUCUGCUGUCGUCAACCUUCGCAUGGACUUGGCCACCAAUAACGUCCCACACUUCGAUCUGGUUACCAACGGUGAGCCAGCCUUUACUGUGACAUCAUUUCCUGGAAUUAUGACCGUGGAUGAUGUACCACCGACGAAGCCGUCCGCUUUCUCAUCCUAUGUUCCCAGCGAUCAUCCGGGCCUGUUGUGUCUUGAGUUUACCAGUCAGUCCAAUAUCUUUGCUGCUCUCCACGAAGGCGAGACCCCCAAACCGUCAGCAGCUGGUCUACCCCUUCCUUCCAUCGUACUGCCGAUCGGGCAGUUACGGAGACGAUACAAGGACACGGCCGGCAUCUACUCAAUCGAUACUGAAUAUGUCCUGGUAGUCGAUGCCGUCGCGGAUGCGCACCCUAUCUGGCUGAUUUUUGACCGGUACAUUAGAAGUCAUGAGGAUCCCGGUUCCUACAUUAAACCAAACAUAGUUGAGCCUGUAUUCAGUGGUACAGAGAAGAACUUUGAUGCCACCCAAGUGUUGCCAAGUAUUCAAGACUGGAUCCAAUCCUAUGGCAACCUCGAUCUCACGCAAAUUCGGGAUUCGUUUCAACAGACCGGGAUGACAGGAGAAAUCAGGGCCAGAAACGUGACUUUCGGGAAUUUUCUGGCGUCCUGGAACAGAGUCACUUCUGUUGAUGAGCACAAAUAG